AUGCCGCGCAAGCAGCAAAAGGCAGCUGGCAGGGACGUGGGGCCGGAUGCUCCUGGGGACCCCUCGGAGACAGCUGGCAGCAUUGCAGGCGUGUAUGUAGAGGCUUCAAAGAGGAUAAUGAGCUUCUAUGAGGCCACCAGAGAGCAUCUGCUGAGCCUGGAUUCGGCCCUGAGCCUCCUGGAGGCGCAGGCAGCCACGGGCUGCAUCUCCGACCCGCUGAGGAGCCGCCGUGUGCCCGUGGCAGAGGCCGUGAGGGCGGGGCUGGUGGGGCUGGAGCUGAAGGAGAGGCUGCUCUCGGCUGACAGGGCUGCUACUGGCUUCCUGGACCCCUACACAGAGGAGAAAAUCUCGCUCUACCAGGCCAUGCAGAAGGAGCUGGUGGGGAGGGAGCAGGGCAUCCGCCUGCUCCAGGCCCAGGUGGCGACCGGAGGCGUCAUUGACCCGGCCACCGGCGCCCGGCUCCCGGCCCAUGUGGCCUGUGAGAGGGGGCACCUGGAUGAGGAGAUGAGCCAGCUCGCCUCUGACCCCGGCACUGAGGACAGCAGGGUGUUCCUUGACCCCAGCACCAUGGAGAAGGUCACUUACUCAGAGCUGAGGAAGAGGUGCAUCGUGGAUCCGGCCUCAGGCUUCCUGCUCCUGCCGCUGCAGAUCACAUUCCCGGGGAUGGGAGGGAGGGUGAGCAGCAGGGACCUGAUGGACUCUGGCAUCAUCAGCCCUGACGUGUUCCGAGGCCUCGAGGAGGGAGGAAUCUCUCCCCAGGAGGUGGCAGAGAAUGAGAUUGUCCAGCACUUCCUGCGUGGGACCAGGAGCGUGGCUGGGGUUGUCCUGCCUUCUGGGGAGCAGAAGAGCCUUUACCAGGCACUGAGGGAGCAUCUCCUGGUGCCUGGGGCUGCUCUCAUGCUCCUGCAAGUCCAGGCCUCCACCGGCAGCCUGACAGACCCCCUGAAGAACAAAAACUACUCUGUGGACGAGGCUGUCAGGGUUGGUCUCAUUGGCCCAGAGCUUUACGAGAAGCUGUCCUCAGCUGAGAAAGCCAUCACUGGGUACAGGGACCCGUCCACCGGGGAAAUGCUCUCCCUGUUCCAAGCCAUCAGGAAGGGCUUUGUUCCCAGGGACCAUGGCCUCUGCCUCCUGGAGGCUCAGCUGGCCACAGGGGGUGUCAUCGCCCCGGGCAGGCACCUGCGUGUCCCCAUGGAGACAGCCCACGAGUGGGGGUACCUGGAUGAGGCCACCAGGCAGCUCCUGUCCAGCCCUCCUGAUGACACGAAGGGGUUCUUUGACCCCAGCUCUAAGGAAAAGCUGAGUUAUGCAGAGCUGCUCCAACGCUGCGUCACCGACCCCAGCACGGGGCUCCUGCUGCUGCCACUCCCUGGGGACAGCAGCGAAGGGUCCCAGGGGACACUCGGCUUCUUUGACCACAGGACCCAGACAGCUCUGGAAAACACACAGGUGCCUGUGGCUGUGGGGAAAUUCAAGGGCAAGCCGGUGUCCCUGUGGAAACUGCUCUUCUCUGACUACAUCCAGGGCGAGCAAAGAGCUGCGCUGGCUCAGCAGUUCCUGGCAGGAGUGCUCUCCCUGCAAGGCUUGGGAGACGCCGUCAGAGCCGCUGUUGAGGAAAAUGCUGCCACUGCCAACGUCACCUUCAAGGGCCUGAGGGAGCAGGUGACAGCUGACCAGCUCCUGAGCUCAGAAAUCAUCAACAAAGACUUGUUCAAGAAACUCAAGGAGGGAGAAACGUCAGCUAAAGAGGUGGUGGGCAUGGACACUGUCAGGAAGUACCUGCAGGGCACGGGCAGCAUCGGGGGGCUGCUGCUCCCCGACUCCCAGGAGAAGAUCAGCAUCUACCAGGCGAAGCGCAAGGGGCUCCUCAGGCCAGGCACGUCUCUGAUCCUCCUGGAGGCCCAGGCUGCCACGGGGUUCGUCAUUGACCCCGCUGCCAACAAGAGGUACUCCGUGGACGAGGCUUUGCGAGCCAACGUCAUCGGCCCGGAUGUGUACGACAAGCUGCUGGCUGCGGAGAAAUCUGUCACUGGCUACCGAGAUCCUUACUCGGGGGACAAGAUCUCCCUGUUCCAGGCCAUGCAGAAGGAGCUGAUCGUCAGGGACCACGGCAUCCGCCUGCUGGAGGCCCAGAUCGCCACCGGCGGCAUCAUUGACCCUGUCAACAGCCACCGUAUCCCCGUGGAGGUGGCCUACAAGCGUGGCUACUUCGACAAGAAGAUGAAUUUAAUCCUCUCUGACCCCAGCGACGACACCAAGGGCUUCUUCGACCCCAACACGCAUGAGAACCUGACGUACCUGCAGCUGAAGGAGAAAUGCAUCACCGAGCCCUCUACGGGGCUCUGCCUCCUCCCUCUGAACAGCAAGAAGAGGCAGUUCGUGGACGAGGCCACCAGGCAGGUGUUCAGGAGCUCCUGGCUGCCCGUCAGGUUUGGGCGCCUGCGGGGGGAGAAGGUCUCAGUGUGGGACCUGCUGAACUCCGAGUACUUCAGCGAGGGGAGGCGCCGGGAGAUUUUCAACCACUUCCACCUGAGGAAGCUCAGCCUGGAGCAAAUCCGGCUCAUGCUGGAGGAGGAGAUGAAGAAAUGGGCCCCCAUCAAGUUCCCAGCCAUGAGAGGCAACGUCAGCGCUUACCACCUGAUGGAAACCGGAGUCAUCGACAGGGCCCUGUUUGAGCAGGUGCUGGAGGGCUCCGUCACCCCAGAACAAGUCCUGCACAUGGACUCUGUCAGGAAGUACCUCUACGGCUCAGGCAGCAUCGGGGGGAUCGUGCUCCAGCCAUCCAACCAGAGAAUGAGCAUUUAUGAGGCCAUGAAGCAGAACAUCGUGGUGCCAGGAGUGGCCCUGCCCCUGCUGGAGGCCCAAGCUGCCACGGGCUUCAUUAUUGACCCCGUGAACAACCAGAAGCUCUGCGUGGAUGAGGCCGUCAAGGAGGGAGUCAUUGGGCCAGAUGUCCACGAGAAGCUGCAGCAGGCGGAAGGGGCCGUGACGGGCUAUAAAGAUCCUUUCACGGGCAAGAAGAUCCCCCUUUUCCAGGCCAUGAAGAAGGGCCUGAUCGCAGACAAGCAGGCCAUGCAGCUGAUGGAGGUGCAGAUGGCCACAGGAGGCAUCAUCGACCCAACGUGCGGCCACCACAUCCCCCUGGAGUCGGCCCAGCAGCGAGGCUGCCUGGAUGAGGACACCAGCAAGGCCCUCUCCAAGCCCAGCGAUGACCACAGAGUGUUCUGCCUGCCAGACAGCAAAGAGAGCGUGACCUACGCCGAGCUGAUCCAGCACUGCCAGAAGGACGACGUCUCCGGCUUCCACUUGCUGCCUCUGGCACAGGCAGCUGCUCCUGCCUACACUGACGAGCAAAUCCAACGGAUCUUCAAGGAAACCAUGGUGAAGGAGAAAGGAGUGUCCCUCUGGGAGCUCAUGCACUCGGGGUAUUUCACCAAGGAGCAGAGGAGCGACUUCGUGGAGAAGUUCCGGUCAGAGGAGCUGUCGCUGGAGCAGCUGGUGGCUCUGGUGCUCAGGCUGGUGGGAGAGAUGGAGAUGAAAGCCAGGACACAGAUCUCCCUGGAAGGCCUGAGGGGCAGUGUCCCUGUGGUCUGGCUGCUGGACACGGGCAUCAUUUCCCAGAAGACAUUUGAAGAACUGGCUCAGGGUGUAAGAACUCCUGAGGAAGUGGCUGAAAUGGAGAGUGUAAAGAGGUACUUGAAGGGCACAGGCAGCAUUGCUGGGGUCUUCAUAGAGGCAUCCAAACAGAAGAUGAGCUUCUAUGACGCCAUGAAAAACAACCUCCUCCUCCCUGGGGCUGCUCUGAGGCUGCUUGAGGCUCAGGCAGCCACAGGGUACCUGACUGACCCUGCCACGAACCGGAGGCUCAGCGUGAGGGACGCCGUGAGAGCAGCCGUUGUUGGAGAGGAGCUGUCUGAGAAACUCCUUCAGGCUGAGAGGGCUGUGACGGGCUACACAGACCCCUACACCGGGAGCUCCAUCUCCCUGUGCCAGGCGCUCAGGAAGGAGCUCAUCCCCCUGGCAGAGGCUGUGCCCCUGCUGGAGGCCCAGCUGGCCACAGGAGGGGUGGUUGAUCCCACCCACCACCUCCACCUGCCGCUCCAGGCUGCCUACAAGUACGGCUUCUAUGACGAGGAGCUGAACCAAACCCUCUCUCAGCUGGAUGACAGCACCAAGAGCUUUUUUGACCCAAACAAAAAGGAGAACGUGACCUACCAGCAGCUGAAGGACCGGUGCAUUCGUGAUGCCGAGUCGGGUCUGUGGCUCCUCCCUCUGUCAGAAAAUGCCAUGUUCUGCGUGGAUGAACAGACCAUGAAGGUGCUGAAAUCUGUGACUGUUUGUGUCAACGUGGGGCGGUUCAAAGGACAGACCGUGUCUGUCUGGGACCUCCUCAACUCUGAAUACUUCUCAGACAGCCAGAGAAGAGAGCUGGUGCAAAAGUACAAGGAUGAGAAGGCUGAGGUGCUGCAGGAAAUCACCACAAUUAUCACCACAAUCAUCCAAGAGACUGAGGCACAGGGAAAGAAGUUCGCAUUCAAGGGCCUGAGGAAAAGAGUUUCUGCCAGCGACCUCUUCCAGUCCCAGCUGAUUGACAAAAAAACCCUUGACGAGCUCAACCAGGGGAAGAAAACAGUCAAAGAAGUGACUGAAAUGGAGUCUGUCCGCAGGUACCUGGAGGGCACUAAUUUCAUAGCAGGGGUCCUUAUCCAGCCAAGCAAUGAGAAGAUGAGCAUCUACCAGGCCAUGUGGAAGGGCAUCCUGAGGCCAGGGACCGCCCUGGUGCUGCUGGAGGCACAGGCAGCCACCGGCUACAUCAUCGACCCUGAGAAAAACAAGAAGUUUUCAGUAGAGGAAGCGUUAGAGGUGGGUCUGAUUGGAGGGGAGAUUUUUGAAAAGCUACUCUGUGCUGAGAGAGCCGUGACAGGCUACACGGACCCCUACACCAAAGCCCCCAUGUCCCUGUUUGAAGCCAUGAACCAAGGGCUGAUUGUGAAGAGCCACGGCAUCCGCCUGCUGGAGGCCCAGAUCGCCACUGGUGGCAUCAUCGACCCCGUGCACAGCCACCGUGUCCCUGUGGAGGUGGCCUACAAGCGUGGCUACUUCAACCAGGAGAUGAACCAGAUCCUAUCCGACCCCAGUGAUGACACCAAGGGCUUCUUUGACCCCAACACCCACGAGAACCUCACAUAUAUGCAGCUCCUGGAGAGAUGCGUCCAAGACCUGGACACGGGCCUGUACAUGCUGCAGGUUGUAAAGGAGGGAGGAAAGUAUUUCUACAUUGAUGAGUCCACAAAGCAGGCUUUGCGCUCAAAGCCCCUUCAGGUGAAAGUUGGAAAGUUUAAGGACCAAACCGUUUCUGUCUGGGAAGUCCUCUGCUCUCACUACUUCUCAGAGCAGAAGAGGAAAGAGCUGGUGAUGCAGUACAAAAGCAAAAACCUAGCGUUGGAAGAGCUGAUAUCCCUCAUCUUAAAAAUCAUCGAGGACACAGAGCGAAGAGGAGAAGCCCUCAAGGUUAAAGGACUGCGGGGCGAGGUGUCAGUGUCCGAGUUGUUCAACUCUGAGAUAAUUGACAAGAAAACUCUGGAUCAGCUGCAGGACGGGAGUCUCACCCUUGCCAGCCUCACAAAGAGGGACACCAUCCAAAGGUACCUGGACGGCACUGGGUGCAUCGCUGGGGUUCUCCUCCCGCUGAGGAAAGAGGUGAUGAGCAUCUACCAGGCGCUGAAGAAAGGACUCCUCACAGAGCAGUGUGCCUUGGGGCUGCUGGAGGCACAAGCAGCCACCGGCUUCCUGGUGGACCCUCGGAGCCACCAGAAGCUCUCUGUGGACGAGGCCGUGUCCUCUGGGCUGGUGGGCAGCGAGCUGUGCGAGCAGCUGCUUUUGGCAGAGAAAGCCGUGACAGGAUACACGGACCCUCAAACAGGGAAUAAAAUAUCUCUGUUCCAGGCUGUGAGGCAGAAGGUAAUAGUCAGGGAUCAGGGCAUCCGCCUGCUGGAGGCCCAGAUCGCCACUGGUGGCAUCAUUGACCCCUGGUAUGGCCACCGCCUGCCCCUGGAGGUGGCCUACAAGCGUGGGCACCUGGAUGAGGACAUGUUCCUCCUGCUUUCAGACCCAGACCAUGGCAGCAAAGGCUUCAUAGAUCCCAACACUCACGAGAAGAUCAGUUACAGCCAGCUCCUGCAGAGGUGUGCCAAAGACAGGGAGAGUGGUUUGUACCUGCUGCAGGUCCUGGAAAAGGAAGGCGACUAUUUCUACAUUGAUGAGCAAACCAAAAAUGCCCUGUUGUGCACCAAGGUCCAGGUGCCCGUGGGAAAAUACAAGGGACAGGUGUUGUCGCUGUGGGAGCUCCUCUGCUCUGAGUACAUCACAGAGGAGAAGAGAAAAGAGCUGGUGAAAAAGUACAAAGCAGAAUCCCAACACAUUGUGCAAGGAAUCAUAGAGACAAUACUGAAGAUCAUCAGGGAAAAAGAAGAGGACAGAAAUGAUGUGUGGUUCCAGGGAAUCCGACAGCAAAUCACAGCAUCAGAACUGCUCAGUGCACAAAUAAUUACAGAGGAAACAAUAGAAAAACUCCAGAAAGGCAAAGAGACGGCUCAAGAAAUAGCAAAAAUGGAGAGUGUGAGGAGGUACCUUGAGGGAACUGGAAGCAUUGCCGGCGUGCUGGUGCCCUCCAAGGCCAAGCUGGGUAAGAUGGAGAAGAUGAGCAUCUACCAGGCCAUGUGGAAGGGUAUCCUGAGGCAGGGCACAGCGCUGGUACUGCUGGAAGCCCAGGCGGCCACUGGUUUCAUCGUUGAUCCAGUGAAGAAUCAGAAGCUCUCAGUGGACGAGGCUGUGUCCUCUGGGCUGGUGGGCAGUGAACUGAAAAACAAACUUCUAAGUGCCGAGAGAGCCGUGACGGGCUACACCCACCCCUACACGGGACAAAAAAUGAGCCUGUUCCAGGCCAUGAAACAGGAUCUCAUUGUCAGGGACCACGGCAUCCGCCUGCUGGAGGCCCAGAUCGCCACUGGUGGCAUCAUCGACCCCGUGCACAGCCACCGCCUGCCCGUGGAGGUGGCCUACAAGCGUGGCUACUUCGACCAGGAGAUGAGCCAGAUCCUCUCUGACCCCGGCGACGACACCAAGGGCUUUUUUGACCCCAACACCCACGAGAACCUGACCUACCUGCAGCUGCUGCGCCGCUGCGUGCCCGACCCGGACACGGGGCUGCUGAUGCUGCAGCUGAUGGACAAGGGCUCCGUGCUCUACCAGCUGAGCGAGGAUGCCCGCAGAGCCCUGCAGGCCGCCCGCACCACGCUGGCUGUGGGGCUCUUCCAGGGCCAGAGCGUCACCGUCUGGGAGCUCCUCUUCUCCCGCUACGUCCCCGAGCACCGGCGCCAGGAGCUCCUGCGCCAGUACAAGGCGGGGAAAGUCACCAUUGCACAGAUGAUCGACAUCCUCGUGCAAAUCAUCACCACGGCUGAGGGCCACGGUGAAAAUGGAGUCCCCAAGGCCACAGAAAAGGAGAUCCUGCCUGAACACAAACAGAAUGGUAGCGCCUCAAAGUCCCAGAAGGAACAGAAACAGGAACAGGAGCAGGAGGAGGAGCUGGAGCGGUCCCUCAAGUCCCACACGGUCGAGGUCUCAGCAGGCGGCUUCCACAGCAGGAAGGUGUCCCUGUGGGAGCUGCUCUUCUCCAAGUUCGUGUCCGAGGCCAAGCGCCAGGAGCUGCUGGGAUGUCUGCGGGCCGGGAGCCUGGCGCUGGCCGAGCUGGCCACGCUGCUCACCCUGCUGGUGGAGGAGGCGGCACAGCGUGGCAGCAGCGUGAAAUUCACGGGCCUCAGGAGGCAGGUGAGCGCCUCGGACCUGCUGGACUCGGGCAUCAUCGACACGGGCACGCUGGCCGAGCUGGUGCAGGGCGCCAGGACGGUGCAGGAGGUGACGCAGAUGGCCUCGGUCAAGCGCUACCUGGAUGGCACGGGCGUCAUCGCCGGUGUGCUGGCGCCCUCCAAGGCUGACCCAAACAAGAUGGAGAAGAUGAGCAUCUACCAGGCCAUGUGGAAGGGCAUCCUGAGGCAGGGAACGGCCCUGGUGCUGCUGGAGGCCCAGGCGGCCACCGGCUUCCUGGUGGACCCGGUCAAGAACCAGAAGCUCUCUGUGGACGAGGCCGUGUCCUCUGGGCUGGUGGGCAGCGAGCUGCACGAGAAGCUGUUGUCUGCGGAGCGAGCCGUGACGGGCUACUCUGACCCCUACACGGGGGACAAGAUCUCCCUGUUCCAGGCCAUGAAGAAAGAACUGAUCGUCAGGGACCAUGGCAUCCGCCUGCUGGAGGCCCAGAUCGCCACCGGCGGCAUCAUCGACCCCGUGCACAGCCACCGCCUGCCCGUGGAGGUGGCCUACAAGCGUGGCUACUUCGACCAGGAGAUGAGCCAGAUCCUCUCUGACCCCGGCGAUGACACCAAGGGCUUCUUCGACCCCAACACCCAUGAGAACCUGACCUACCUGCAGCUGCUGCGCCGCUGCGUGCCCGACCCGGACACGGGGCUGCUGAUGCUGCAGCUGAUGGACAAGGGCUCCGUGCUCUACCAGCUGAGCGAGGAUGCCCGCAGAGCCCUGCAGGCCGCCCGCACCACGCUGGCUGUGGGGCUCUUCCAGGGCCAGAGUGUCACCGUCUGGGAGCUCCUCUUCUCCCGCUACGUCCCCGAGCACCGGCGCCAGGAGCUCCUGCGCCAGUACAAGGCGGGGAAAGUCACCAUUGCACAGAUGAUCGACAUCCUCGUGCAAAUCAUCACCACGGCUGAGGGCCACGGUGAAAAUGGAGUCCCCAAGGCCACAGAAAAGGAGAUCCUGCCUGAACACAAACAGAAUGAUAGCGCCUCAAAGUCCCAGAAGGAACAGAAACAGGAACAGGAGCAGGAGGAGGAGCUGGAGCGGUCCCUCAAGUCCCACACGGUCGAGAUCUCAGCAGGCGGCUUCCACAGCAGGAAGGUGUCCCUGUGGGAGCUGCUCUUCUCCAAGUUCGUGUCCGAGGCCAAGCGCCAGGAGCUGCUGGGAUGUCUGCGGGCCGGGAGCCUGGCGCUGGCCGAGCUGGCCACGCUGCUCACCCUGCUGGUGGAGGAGGCGGCACAGCGUGGCAGCAGCUUGAAAUUCACGGGCCUCAGGAGGCAGGUGAGCGCCUCGGACCUGCUGGACUCGGGCAUCAUCGACACGGGCACGCUGGCCGAGCUGGUGCAGGGCGCCAGGACGGUGCAGGAGGUGACGCAGAUGGCCUCGGUCAAGCGCUACCUGGAUGGCACGGGCGUCAUCGCCGGUGUGCUGGUGCCCUCCAAGGCUGACCCAAACAAGAUGGAGAAGAUGAGCAUCUACCAGGCCAUGUGGAAGGGCAUCCUGAGGCAGGGAACGGCCCUGGUGCUGCUGGAGGCCCAGGCGGCCACCGGCUUCCUGGUGGACCCGGUCAAGAACCAGAAGCUCUCUGUGGACGAGGCCGUGUCCUCUGGGCUGGUGGGCAGCGAGCUGCACGAGAAGCUGUUGUCUGCGGAGCGAGCCGUGACGGGCUACUCUGACCCCUACACGGGGGACAAGAUCUCCCUGUUCCAGGCCAUGAAGAAAGAACUGAUCGUCAGGGACCAUGGCAUCCGCCUGCUGGAGGCCCAGAUCGCCACCGGCGGCAUCAUCGACCCCGUGCACAGCCACCGCCUGCCCGUGGAGGUGGCCUACAAGCGUGGCUACUUCGACCAGGAGAUGAGCCAGAUCCUCUCUGACCCCGGCGACGACACCAAGGGCUUCUUCGACCCCAACACCCACGAGAACCUGACCUACCUGCAGCUCCUUCGCCGCUGCGUGCCCGACCCGGACACGGGGCUUUACUUCCUCAAUAUUGACAGCACAGGGUACCUGGGCCAGGUGCGCUCCCCGCAGGGUCCUGGAGCCACCUCCCCUCAGGACAGGACAGGGUACCUGGGCCAGGUGCGCUCCCCGCAGCCGAGCCCCCUCCCGGUGAGUCAGAGGGAGAAGCUCUCGGGAGCCGCUCAGCCGGUCUGGGGAGCGCCCACGCCGGCAGGAACGCGCUCGGGAGCAGGACAGACGGACAGGCAGGGCCGGGGCACGCAGCCCCUCCUGCCACCGAGGCAGGCAUCGAGCCAUGAGCCAUGCAGGACAUGGGCACACCUGGACACGCCCAGCAUGCCACAGGAGCAGGAUUCCUCCCCAGAGACAAUGAGGAAGAUGAGUGGAUGCUCCAUAAACAACAAGCAGAGCAGCCCAGGUGAGCACAAGGAGAUGGACGGGGACGGCGGCGGCAGCUUCAUCGCCGGAGUCUUCCUCCAGGCCAAGAGGAAGAGGCUGAGCAUCCACGAGGCCAUGGUGAGGGGCAUGCUGAGCCCGGGCACGGCGCUGGUGCUGCUGGAGGCGCAGGCGGCCUCGGGCCUGCUCACGGACCCGGGCAGCCCCGCGCGGCUCUCGGUGAUGGAGGCGCUGGCUCGGGGGCUCAUUGGCCACGACUUCUACGAGAAGCUGCUGUCGGCCGAGGGAGCCGUGACCGGGUACACAGAGCCCUACACGGGCCGCAGGAUCUCCCUGUUUCAGGCCAUGCAGAAGGGGCUGAUCGUCAGGGACCACGGCGUCCGCCUGCUGCAGGCCCAGAUCGCCACCGGCGGCAUCAUCGACCCCACAAGCGGCCACCGUGUACCCGUGGAGGUGGCCUACAAGCAUGGCUUCUUCGAUGAAGAGAUGAGCCAGAUCCUUUCCAACCCCGAGAAUCAAACAAGGACUUGCUUCGACCCCAACACCCACGAGAACCUGACCUACCUGCAGCUGCUGCGCCGCUGCGUGCCCGACCCGGACACGGGGCUGCUGAUGCUGCAGCUGAUGGACAAGGGCUCCGUGCUCUACCAGCUGAGCGAGGAUGCCCGCCGAGCCCUGCAGGCCGCCCGCACCACGCUGGCUGUGGGGCUCUUCCAGGGCCAGAGCGUCACCGUCUGGGAGCUCCUCUUCUCCCGCUACGUCCCUGAGCACCAGAGAGAGGAGCUGCUCAGGAGAUACAAGGCGGGGGCAGUGAGCAUUGCACAGAUGAUCGAGGUCCUCACUGCCACCAUCACAGCGGCAGAAAGGGACAGCGGGGUUCUGGGCUCACCCACAGCCAAGCCCAACAAUGAGGCGAGGGCGUCACCCCCAGCUCAGGACACGCAGGCCCAGGAGCAGCAGCUGAGGAAGUCCCUCAAGUCCAUGACGGUCCGUGUUACUGCUGGGGAGUUCCAGGGGCAAAACGUGUCUGUGCUGGACCUGCUCUUCUCCAGAUACGUCCCCCAGGACAAGCGUCAGGAGCUGCUGGAGCUGUACAGGGCAGGGAUACUGAGCACGGAGCAGGUGGGCGCCGUGGUCACCACCAUGGUGAACCGGACAGAGGCCACGAACGCUGCGCGGGUGGUGAACACCAGGGGCACACACAGGGCAGUGCCAGCGGCUGGGGAGGGUGCAAAGGAUUGUUCAGAACACCUGGAUGAGACCCUGAGGUGCACCACCAUCAGUGUGCCGGCUGGGGAGCUGCAGGGACAGCAGGUGUCCCUGUGGGACCUGAUCUUCUCCGAUUACAACCCCGAGGAGAAGAGGGAGGAGCUGCUGGACCUGUACCAUGAGAGGUUAUUAACUCUGGAGCAGAUGACAACUGUUGUCAGCACUCUGAUUAGGAAAAAAGAAUCUGCAGGCAGGAAAUUGCACAUCACAGUCAAGAGUUCCAGCAAGGACCCCAUGACAGCAGCAGGAGAGGAGGGUGAUGACAAACCUCCCAGAGAGGAAGCCUGGAAAACAACCCUGAAAACCACAAUGGUCCACGUGGAGGCUCCAGAGUUCCAGGGCAGGGAGGUGUCCCUGUGGGACCUGCUGCACUCCCGCUACAUCCCCCAGGAGAACAGGAGGGAGCUGACAGCAGCUGCAGAGAGAGCAGAGUCUGUGAGUGGUGCCAGGGCAGAGCCGGUGGCCACAGAGGCUGAACCCACGGCCCUGGAUGGGGAUGGGGCCUGGGAGGAGACCCUGAAGGCCACCAGAGCCGAGGUGGCAGUGGGGGAGUUCCAGGAUGGACAGACUUCCUUGUGGGACCUGCUCUUCUCUGAUUACAUCCCCGAGGAGAAGCGUCAGGAGCUGCUGGAGCUGUACCGUGGGGGAACACUGCCCUUGGAGCAGUUAAUCCUUGUGGUCACCACUCUCAUCAAGAAAAAUGAAUCUGCAGGCAGGAAAUUCCAAAUUUCAGUCAAGAGUUCCAACAGGGAUCCUGUGACAGCAGCAGGAGAGGAGAGAGACCACCAUCCCAAAGAGGAAGCCUGGAAAACAACCCUGAAAACCACAAUGGUCCACGUGGAGGCUCCAGAGUUCCAGGGCAGGGAGGUGUCCCUGUGGGACCUGCUGCACUCCCGCUACAUCCCCCAGGAGAACAGGAGGGAGCUGCUGGAGCUCUAUGAGGCAGGAGAGCUGAGCCUGGAGCAGGUGAGGACCGUUGUCACCACCAUUGUCACCAGGACAGCAGCUGCAGAGAGAGCAGAGUCUGUGAGUGGUGCCAGGGCAGAGCCGGUGGCCACAGAGGCUGAACCCACGGCCCUGGAUGGGGAUGGGGCCUGGGAGGAGACCCUGAAGGCCACCAGAGCCGAGGUGGCAGUGGGGGAGUUCCAGGGCACACAGACAUCCCUGUGGGACCUGCUCUUCUCUGAGCAUAUCCCCGAGGAGAAGCGUCAGGAGCUCCUGGAGCUCCAGAGCCUGGAGCAGCACCUGAGGGCCCUCCCCGCGCACACCAUGGACCUGCUGCGCUCCGAGGGCUCCUACAUCACCUGUGACCCGGCCCAGGAGCGCCGGGUGUCCGUGUGGGAGCUGCUCUCCUCCAAGCAGGUGUCCGAGUACAAACGGGAGGCGUGUCUGGACACCUACCCUUCGGGAGGGCUGACGGUGAACAGGAUCACCAUCACCACCACCAUCACCACUGGGCCCCGGCUGGAGCAGAGCCGGCCCCGGCACCACUGA